AUGAGUGGCUGAAGUAAUUACUCAGGUACGGUAACAAGCCUUAAGAUGAGUGAAAACAAAAUGGAUAAUCGCGGAUCUAAGUCAGUAGUAAUCGAUAGUAAUUCUACUGUAAAAGAGCAACGAGUAGACGGCAGUUGAUCCAUAAAGUCACAUUUAAUGGAUUUAAGAUGUACUCUAAGGGGUUUCGAAAGAAACAGAGGUAUAAAACUCGGUUUCAACCUGCAACAAGGUUGAAACUCUGCUAAAAUCCCAUCUAAGCAAUUCGAUUUAAAAAAAAUUUCUACCUAUAAUUCCACUCUACGAGUAAAUCCUUGAGUCUGAUCUGGUUUAAUAGAUGGUGAGGGUUCAUUUAACAUAAUAGUGGAUAGAAAUAAAAGUCGUAAAUUAGGUUGACGUGCUCAAUUGAAAUUUCAAUUAAGUCUACACACAAAAGAUCUUAACUUAUUAUAUCUAUUACAACAAUACUUGGGUGGUAUUGGUUCUAUUCAUUUAGCUCGAAACCGAGAUAUAGUUAAUUAUUCAAUAGAUUCAAUUGAAGAUUUAAAUAAACUUAUUAUUCAUUUAGAAAAUUAUCCGUUAUUAACUCAAAAAAGCCGCGGAUUUUUUUUUAUUUAA